AUGCCCUUGAAACGUACGCCACCACAUACCCCUAAAGAUAAUGCUAAUACAAGUCCUGUGUUAGUGGCGGCGGAAUCGAACAAAGAAGGGACAGGUGUUACCGCAAGGAAGAAACGACCUCGAGUUGAAUCGCCUAAGACCAGUUCAAAUCAGGACAUUGAUAAAAUACUAGAGACCUUCAAAAACGAAAUCAGAGAAAUGCUUGUCACAUGGAAAGAGGAGCAGAAUUUGGUUUUGAACAAAUUGGUUACUGAUAUUACAGACCUGAAAUUACAAUGCACUACAAUACAAAAAUCUAACAGCGACAUUCAGGAGGCCAUGAUCUACAUUAAUAAAGAUUACGAGGAAAUGAGAAAUAAGGUUGCACUUUUAGGAAAAGAGCAUGAAGAAUACACAAAAGCUCAUUCAUAUCCGGAUCUUGCGAAGGAUGAAUCUGGUGUAAAUGUCACCCAUAGAAAAAGGAAGCAGCCUGAAUGUGAACUGACUGUAGCUAUCUCUGAAUUAUCCAGGGAAGUAAAAAAAAACAUAACUGAAUUGCGCGCCGAUAUAAAUAAUCAGUUCUUAAAUAUAAAUAUGAACAUUGCUUCUCUUAGAGAGGAGUUCAACACUCUGUCCUCCGCCACCUCACAAAUUUCCAAUGACGUGAAAGAGUUGCGUACGGAGUUCUCUACUACUAAAAUUGAUGUCGCUGAGUUGCAGUCCCAAUAUGCGGAGUUGUGUAAUGAAAUAUCAGAGUUGAAAUCAUCAGUAAAUUUUAACGCUGAGAACUAUAAUGAUGGUGUGAAACGUAUUGCUGAUAUGGAGGCAAGGAUUAGUCAUUCUGAAGCUGCCAACAUAGCUUUCUUGGAAAAUAGGAUUGAUGUGUUGGAACAGCAGGCAAGACAAUUCAAACUAUACGGUAAACCUAUGCGCCGUCUACCGGCCGCCAAGCCUUAG